CGUGUCCUUUCCCAGCGCAGUGCGGUACGACGCCGGUUGCCUCACCGAUACCGGAAAGAAUCCAAGGGAUCCACCACCCUCCAACUGAGGAAGAGUUUCUCUAGGGAAGAGGAUUAAAAUCAAAAAAUCAAGAUGCCCGUGGAUGUGAUGUCUUUUGCUAAGGAUUUCUUAGCCGGCGGCAUUUCAGCGGCCAUCUCCAAAACUGCUGUCGCCCCCAUUGAAAGAGUAAAGUUGCUCCUCCAAGUACAGCAUGUCUCCACACAAAUCGCCAAAGACAAACAAUACAAAGGUAUUAUCGAUUGCUUCAUCCGCAUCCCCAAAGAACAAGGAAUCCUCAGUUUCUGGCGUGGUAACUUAGCCAAUGUCAUCCGAUAUUUCCCCACCCAAGCCCUCAACUUUGCCUUCAAAGACAAGUACAAGCAGGUAUUCUUGGGAGGCGUCGACAAAAGGACGCAAUUCUGGAGAUACUUCUUGGGCAACCUGGCGUCUGGUGGAGCUGCUGGGGCCACUUCCCUGUGCUUCGUGUACCCCUUGGACUUUGCCAGAACCCGACUGGCCGCCGACGUCGGCAAGGGCGCCCAGAACCGACAGUUCAACGGACUCGUGGAUUGCCUGGUGAAGAUUUUCAAGACCGACGGCCUCUUGGGUCUGUACCGCGGGUUCAGCGUCUCUGUCCAGGGCAUCAUCAUCUACAGGGCAGCCUACUUCGGGUUCUACGACACAAGCAAAGGCAUGCUCAAGACCGAUGCCAAGCACACGCCCCUCGUCGUGUCCUGGAUGAUUGCCCAGACCGUCACCGUCAUUUCCGGUAUCAUUUCCUAUCCCUUCGACACUGUCAGGAGGCGUAUGAUGAUGCAGAGUGGACGAGCCAAGAGCGAAAUGCUGUACAAGAACACCCUGGAUUGCUGGAUCAAGAUCGGCAAGAGUGAAGGUCCAAGAGCUUUCUUCAAAGGAGCUCUUUCCAACGUUAUCCGAGGCACUGGAGGAGCAUUUGUCUUAGUAUUAUACGAUGAAAUUAGGAAUUUCUUGAUUUAAAUUUAAUCUAAUUUUUAAACAAAGCUCUAGGCACUUUAAUACAAUGCAAAAAGAAUUAUUUCAAAGGUAGUCAAAACCUCGGGAACACACAACAGUGUAAUGUCGAUAUUGUUUUGGACUUAUUUCUCAAUCACAGGAGAUGUAACAGAACGGUUCGCGGUUGGAAGUUUUUUUAUUUCAACUUUCACAGGCAGUAUUAACUUUGAGUUAUGGAAAAUAAGGUACAGAGGGUUGAACAUUUUUCUUAUGAAAUUGAAUUCUUAUUAUAAUUCACGAAAUACAUCCAAAAUUCAAUAAAUCCCCGAUAGUUUCAUUGAAAAAAAAAUCUAAUAAUUUGUAUAGCCUUAGAACUCAAGUUGUCCCCUCGCAUCGCGAUAACUAAGGAGAAAGAAACGAGCAAAGGAAUUUGAACUUAGUUCAUGAAAACCCCGAUCACAUUCACGUGGAAGGCAGAAAAGUGUUCAAUGAUUAUGUUAGAGAUGUAUAUUGUUUCAUAGAUGAGAAAUUUGCACUUUGUUUUCUGCUUCAAAUCAUGUAACUAUGGUUUAAAAGUUACUUAUUUGUCGGGAGCACAGUGCGAAUAAAACAUUGUGAUAUUA